GUUAGUCAACAGUGUCAUGUCGAUUUUGUAACAUCAUAACUUUUGUAGUUCCCAUCUGUAGGAGCAAAACAAUAUUAGGUACAAUUCCAUAUAGACAGAAAUAAGAAGUUUACAGAAAACCAAGUAUUAGUAACUGCGACAAAUCACAAACAUGACUGACGAAGGAAUAACAAAUAUAGUUGAAGGCAGCGAUAUCUUAACUGGAGAUGAUGAUGAUCAUCAUCAGCAUCACACUGUGGCAGUUGUGGCAAUUGUACCAAAACCAAUUGCAACAGAUGCUGCAAAUACCGAAACAAUGGCCAUGAUAAUGACCAAUGAUGAAAAUGAACCGGAACGUUGCUGCUGGAUAUGCUUUGCCACCGAGGAUGAGGAUAAUCAUUUGGCGGCUUGGUUAAAUCCAUGCCAGUGCCGUGGCACCACCAAAUGGGUACAUCAGAGUUGCCUCUAUCGUUGGAUCGAUGAGAAGAUGAAUAGUAAUCAGGAAUCUGGAAUUCAUACAGUAUCCUGUCCACAAUGCAAAACCGAAUAUAUUAUUGUAUAUCCAAGGAUUGGACAUUUGGGUAUGGCUUUGGAGGCUCUAGAUAUAGUGAUUUCGGGUAUGUGUUCAUUAUUAACAUCUGGAAUCAUUGUGUGUUGGCUCUAUUGGACAGCCGUGACAUUCGGUGCUGUGACAUUCCUACAAGUUGUGGGACAUGAUAAUGGCAUGGCCAUAAUGCAAUCAAGUGAUCCAAUAUUACUAUUGAUUGGAUUACCCAUUAUACCGAUUGGAUUGAUCGUAAGUCGUUUGAUUCGCUGGGAUGAUGCUAUACUCCAUGUGAUCCAGGGACGCCGAACGAUGGCAGAUAAUAACGAACAACAGGAUGAGAAUGGCUAUCUAAGUUAUCGCGAUCCCCCAUUGGUAUCCGAAUCCACAUCAGUUGCUCGCAUUUUCUGCGGUGCCCUUUUACUGCCCACCAUCUCAUCCAUUGUGGGACGCAUUCUCUUUGACUCGGUGAAGAAUACAUUUCAUCGCACUUUGCUCGGCGGUAUUACAUUUAUCACGGCCAAGGGUAUACUUAAGAUAUAUCUACGGCAUCGGCAAUAUGCCAGUCGCAGAAAUCGUCAUGUUGUGGAUUACACUGAGGAGAACCUACGCAAUCAAAGAGAACAAAAUAGUAACUAGAACGGAAAUGAGAAUGAGAAUGAGAUCGACAAAGAUAAUGACUACAAUCCUGAUGAUGAUUAUGGUAAAGCUGUUUAAGUGGAGGAUCAACGAUCAUCAGAAGGAAGUUAAUGGAAGAGGACUAUCUUAUCAGAGUUUAUAAGCUAAUUUUUUUCUACCAAUAAUUUCGUCAACUUCAACUUUAUUCACAUAUGCAAAUAUGCAAACAUUUCGGGCAUACAACAGUCCCACAACUGGCAAUCAAAAUUCUUUUCCCAAUGAGGCUUUAUAUGCAACAAAAUUUAUAGUUUUGCAAAAUCUUUAAGUACAAAUAUGUAUUACAAAUAAAGACAUGUCCUCACUUUAGAAU